AAUCGAUGAGGAUCUACCCGAAGACCCGGCCGCGCCACUUGUGACUCCCAAGCUACGUGAGCCCAACACGCCGCACCCUGUUGAUCACCUGCUUCUGGAACGCUACAAGCAUAUUCUCGGAGAGAUUCCUUAUGAUUAUGGUUCCCACCCUAGAGAUCGACAAAACCAUGAUGGAACGUCGCCCGAUCGAGGACUACCAAACGAUGCAUGUUGUGGCGUACGUAGGCUACAAGUCAUACGCUCUUGUUCACGCUGAGGAGUUACGACUCUUUGAUCCCAACAAGGAGCCGUACCUCUCGUUCAAGAGACUGUACCCAGAGGAGAUGGAGCACAGCAGCUGCGCCGCGUUAGAGCAGUACUUCUAUAACCGAGAUCUCCCGCCACCGGGACGGAAAUGGGAGGCUUGGGGCUAUGCUGAGCGGCUUAAGCUCGAAGGCGGAAUUACAGCAUCGAUGCGCAAGCCACGCGAGGCGCUAUUUCACAGCGGAAGCCGACACUACCGGGAAACGACCCAAGUUCUGAGCGGCUCAAUGGAGCUAUCGCCCCGGCGAGGUGCGCACGUAUACUCCCCCAUCAGCACCUUACAAGAUCAAGAUCUUUGCUACGCGCGUGUCCGGAAACGCGGACGCAUGAAUGAACUGGAGCUUCUGAUGCAGUACGCCAAGUAUCGCAGGCCAAAACAUGACACCGAUGGGUCGUACCCGGACGAUCCAAAGGUGGCCUUUGAAAGACCAACAGAGCCAUCACCGGAACCGCAAGAUAUGUGCCCUGAGGCAAUCCUCUAUUGACGGCGAUGCUUGGGCGUACGGAUCACCUGCCUCCUGUCCGACCCUGACCUUGGCUCGGCCAUGCGGAUGCACAGCGCUCAUAUAAUAAAACGAGAUAUCCUGGUUGCAUUGACAGCGCACCCAAAACCAA